CGCGGGGACGCACUCGACGGCGGGCUCGUCCUCCAAGCUGCUGCGGAGCGCCGGCGGCCCAGGAGAACUCCAGGGGGACGCCGGAGGGGAGUGGAAAGCCGGCAGCCUUGGGCGAAGAGGAGGAGGAGGAGGAGGAGGAGAACGGACGGCCCCGGCUCUGCCUCCGCGCGGGCUGCCCUCGAUCUCUUCUCCAGCAGGCAGAUGGAGUUCAACCUGCUCACUGACUCAGAAGGCCACAGCCCUCCUCUCUCCCUCUCAGAGUCUGGGACGCCUCAGCAUGAGCACGGCUGCAAAGGGCAAGAACACAGCGAUACAGAAAAGUCACAGCAGAACCAGACUGAUGACUCUAAUCCUGAGGAUGGCUCUCUGAAAAAGAAACAGCGUAGGCAAAGAACUCACUUCACCAGCCAACAACUCCAGGAACUGGAAGCCACUUUUCAGAGGAACCGCUACCCAGACAUGAGUACCCGAGAGGAGAUAGCUGUCUGGACCAAUUUGACUGAAGCCAGAGUCCGGGUAUGGUUUAAAAACCGAAGAGCCAAGUGGAGGAAACGAGAAAGAAACCAGCAGGCUGAACUUUGUAAGAACAGCUUUGGAGCCCAGUUCAAUGGACUGAUGCAGCCUUAUGAUGAGAUGUAUAGCGGCUAUUCGUACAACAACUGGGCUACCAAAGGCCUUGCGGCCAGCACCCUGUCUGCCAAGAGCUUCCCCUUUUUCAAUUCCAUGAAUGUCAACCCUCUCUCUUCGCAGCCCAUGUUCUCAACUCCCAGCUCCAUUGGAUCCAUGCCCAUGCCCUCCUCCAUGGUUCCCUCAACGGUGACUGGUGUGCCAGGACCAAGCCUCAACAACCUCAACAGUCCUGGCCUCAACUCUGCUGUUUCAUCCAGCACUUGCCCGUAUGCAUCCACCGCCAGCCCCUACAUGUACAGGGACACGUGCAACUCCAGCCUGGCAAGCCUGAGGUUGAAAGCUAAGCAGCAUGCCAACUUCACCUAUCCAUCAGUGCAGACCGCAGCCUCCAGCCUGAGUCCCUGCCAGUAUGCUGUGGAUAGGCCAGUAUGAGGAACUAGACCUCCCACCCCCUGCUCAUCAGGAACUUGGCUAUUAACCCACGAAUGCCACCCACUCUGCCAGACCAAAUACCUGGAAGAUCUAUUUAGUUACAAUAAAGUUACAAACUUUUGACUCUCUUCUUUUGGUAAAGCAUACAAAAUUGUUCAUGGCAAGUCCAUUUGGGAAAGAGGAACUUCUGCCAGGUUAGGAGGGAAUUUUCACUCUGGCACUGUCAUGUGAGUGGGUGCCAGUCCAAGAACCGGCAACCAGUUCGUGCUACAAUACAGAAAGAGACCUAGGGGGAAAUGGUACAGCUUCUAACUCCACUCAUAGCAUAUGUCUGUGCGGUGCUCCUCUUUCUGUGUUAUGUGACUUCUGCUCCUUGCCCCUCAUGACGUACUCGGGGCGGCCACGUCCUGGAUAAUGCAUAUUCAACUAGUGUUUACACUUGAUUGUGAAAUGCCAUUGGUGCAAUGUUUUGUCUCUUCUUUCACUUUGAAGAAUGUGGCCUUUUGUAGUCAAGAAAAUAAGAUUUUGCUCCAGUGUAAAAAUAAAGGGUGUAUGAAGGCAGGUGCUAGAGACACAACGAGUCAUCAGGGGAGUCUGGGGCAGAGUUGAGUGGAGACACCUGCUUGGACAACGCUACAAGCUUUCCUCACGUUAAUACUGAUUUUCAAGACUUGAGAGGAGGCUACCAAUAUGUGAGCAAGAUUACAGAGCUUUGAUAUAAGGGGGAGGGCACAG